UGUUGUUGGCAGCGAGCUGGGCGUCCGAGAUGAUUAUAUCAAAUAAAAUAUAAAAAAAUUCACUGCAACUAAAACGCCAGACCCGACAAAUUACAAUUCACAUCGUAUCCACACAUCAGCUAAGGAGGAACCCGCGCCUUUUCCUCGUUGAUAAGUAGCUUUUGGAGAAAAACAUCUGCCAGGAUUUGCGCAGGAAAACAGCGAACUACAAGCGAGCAACGAUGAUCUGUAUUUACCAUCAGCACAAAAAAGGGAAACAAUACGUUUCGAGGAGAGCUCAGUGGCAAUAGAGGAUGAAAUGAGAAAGGAGUAUACUGCUUGAACUUGUUAUGCAACCUCAAUCACUGGACUGAUAUUUUGUAUGUUUCUCUUACAAUUGAUUCGGGGUUCGUAAGACUUCUUAAUCGCUGAAUUUAUGCAACAUUUGCAUCUAAAGGUCACGAUUUGUGUAUCAAUUGUCAACGCAGAUUAAUAGUAGAUCCUGGAGUUCGUGGUUUAUUUUUAGGGAAAGGGCCAACGCUUUGUGUGCCGAUGCCAACGGCAGAUUGCAGGUUGCUCCAUCAUGGUCGGAUCAUGAAGUGUCUGACUUUUUUACUCUUACUUCCAGAAACACUGAAAAAGUCUAAAACGACUGGGAAACACAAAGGCAGGUUACCAGUAUGCUAUGAGAUUCUAACCCUGUCCUUGAAGAAGAAGAUGGCUGCAGAACUGUACCCUGCGACCAACAACGGUACUACGGUGACCGGCACUGACAAGAAAAGCAAUGUGCAGGUCACCCAGUCAACAACCACUGCAACAACACCGACCACCCAGCAAAACAUAAACAACAACAACGUCGAACCUCCGAGCUGGCAGUCCUCGCACCCCACGCUACGGGAGAGGAACGCCUUGAUGUUCAACAAUGAACUCAUGGCCGAUAUCCAUUUCAUUGUUGGUCCCUUCGGGGAAUCUAAGAAAGUGCCAGCGCACAAGUAUGUGCUGGCAGUGGGUAGCUCGGUCUUCUGUGCCAUGUUUUACGGGGAUCUUGCAGAGGAGUCGCCCGAAAUCCAUAUCCCAGAUGUAGAACCUGCUGCUUUUCUAAUUCUGCUGAAGUACAUGUACAGUGAUGCAAUAGACCUGGAGGCUGACACCGUGCUGGCCACCCUGUACGCUGCCAAGAAGUACAUUGUACCCGCCCUGGCCAAGGCCUGCGUCAGCUUCCUGGAGACUAGCCUGGAGGCCAAGAACGCCUGUGUGCUGUUGUCCCAGAGCCGUCUGUUUGAGGAGCCUGAGCUGACGCGGCGCUGCUGGGAGGUGAUUGAUGCGCAGGCAGAGCUGGCCCUGGGCGCAGAGGGCUUCUGUGAGAUUGACCUGCAGACCCUGGAGAUCAUCCUGCAGAGAGAGACCCUCAACACCAAGGAGGUGGUGGUCUUUGAUGCUGUCAUGAGUUGGGCCACAGCAGAGUGUAAGAGGCAAGGACUGGGAGAAACCACCCGCAACAAGAGAUCUGUCCUGGGCAAGGCGCUCUACCUGGUGCGCAUCCCCACUAUGACCCUGGAAGAGUUCGCUGAUGGGGCAGCCCAGUCAGACAUCCUGACACUGGAGGAGACGCAUGACGUCUUCCUGUGGUACACAGCGGCCACCAAGCCCAAAUUGGACUUCCCACUGGCACAGAGGCAGGGCCUGGCACCCCAGAAGUGCCACCGCUUCCAGUCGUCAGCCUACCGGAGCAACCAGUGGCGCUACAGGGGCCGCUGUGACAGCAUCCAGUUCGCAGUGGACAAGCGGAUCUUUAUUGCUGGACUGGGCCUGUACGGGUCAAGUGGUGGGAAGGCAGAGUACAGCGUCAAGAUUGAACUGAAGCGUCAACGGGUGACCCUAGCACAGAACCUGACCAAGUUUGUAUCGGACGGAUCAAGCAGUACAUUUUCUGUAUGGUUUGAAAACCCGGUUCAGGUGGAGCAGGAUGUCUUCUAUACGGUGAGUGCCGUGCUGGACGGGAAUGAGUUGAGCUAUUUCGGCCAGGAGGGCAUGACAGAGGUACAGUGUGGAAAAGUGACAUUUCAGUUCCAGUGCUCCUCAGACAGUACCAACGGGACUGGGGUGCAGGGGGGACAGAUCCCAGAGCUGGUAUUCUAUGCAUAAACUCAACUGGUCAUAACAGACAAGUAGAGGACAUAUGGACUGUACAUCCAUGUGUUUAAGCCUUCUAAAUAAUGUAGCAUUAAGACACUACGGUAUGUCACUAAACAAAAUACUAUUUUUAAGUGAAGGAAUGCUGUUAUUUAUUUUAAACGUAUUUUAAUUAUUAACUGCAUAAAGCAGUCCCUUGUAAAAAGUCGUAUUGCACUUGUGGACAGCCUCUGCAAUGUUUUUUUUUGUACAUAAAGUACAGUUAUAUGGUUUGCAGCUUGAUGCUGAUCAAUCCUGAUGUUCUGUGCGAGAGCUUAUGAACCUGCAGAAAAUCAUAAAAGUUAUGCGAGAUAAGCCA